CCGUGUGUGAGUUGUCCCAGGAUAUAUUAUAUUAUAUAUGUGUUGGGAACUAACUAAUUUUCGUAUCCAAGGCUUGUACAGGUUAUCUGACUGCAGAGUGGGUGGCGAUUGGAGCCAACACUCAGGCCACGAUGACCAUCCACCCUCUUAAUAUGAAAAUUGAUAUGAAACUUCUUAAAAACAUAGAUAACAUUUUUUAUUCUGUCCCCGUGUCAAACAAACUUUGACAGUGUAUCGGUAAAAACAUUAUUUUGAUAAUUUACCAUUUUUUCUGAUAAUUAUACACAUAAUGACGCAUUGCUGCUCACAAUGUGCCUUCACAGCUCAGUUCGAGAGCGCUCUGAUGAUGCACCGUCAGCUGCACCACGCCAGCGACUAUCAUGAACCCAAAAUGUCUCCCAGAGUGACAUCGGAAAAUUCCAACACAGUCCCCCGCGGUUCUUCAGUAAGUUCUUCACAAUAUGCUAUGAGCAAGAACAAAGGGAUGAAGCUAAUUGGUCGGACAUCAUCAGCGACACGCCUGCUAGACAAGCUGCGCGCGCGCAUCUGUCGCAGCAGAACACUGUUCUCUCAUCCUGAGGAAGCAUCGGAGACGGGGAACGAGGCUCACGGACCUGAAACUUCUAUCGUGAGUGAUUGCACUUCUAAGGACCUCAAACUGGAAGCGACUGGAUCCCGAGCGACUAUCAUGACAACCUUGAGGGAGGUCAAAGAGACCUUUGCAUGCCAUUUGUGUUCUUUUGAUGCGGACAGAAUAACAGUUUUAGACAGACAUCUCCUCAACGACCACAAGAUCGGUCUCGAAAACCUUCUAAAGCUAGUCAUGGCUAAAACAAAAGACGGACUCUCAGAAGACACCGCCCAUGUCUCCGUCUACGGGAUCAGACAGCCUUAUUACAAACCACCAGACGAAAUAAUAGAAGAAGGAGAAUUCGUUAUAGAAACAGUUACACCAAAGAUAAAAAUACUAAAACAUUCGGCGACGAAUACUGAAUUACAAUGGUCAGAUAUUCCUGACUUGAAAGACAAUUGCAAGAUGAUAACUAGGGAACUAGAAAAGCUGAUUAAAUAUCCGAUAGAGAAAUGCGAUAAAGAUGAGUUUUUGAUGAAAAUGCAGACGUUGAAUGAGUGUAUGUGUAAGUUUGUCGACUCGUCGAAUACGUUGAAGAAGGUUCUGACUAAAGAGUUUGAUUCGAAGCAUAACGUUCGCGAGCAUCUGAAUCUAGAUCAGCCGUUUUUUGAUUUGUGUUUAGGAGACAGUAGGAAUACGUCCAGGGUAUGGGAGAGGGCUCACAGCGAAAAUAUGGACAAGGCAAGAAGCAAGUACGGUGAAAACAAUAGUAGAGGCGAAAAGAAGUUUUCAUCGGAGAGUUUUUACUUCUAAUUUACUGUAAUUUGUGAAGAGUUUUAAGUUACUUUAACAAUAAACUAUUGUAUUACUCCUUUUUA